GCUCCUGCACCAGGAAACAGCCGGAUCCCGGCAGCGGCCUGACCCGGCUCCAGGCUGGGCAGGAGGAUGAAAGGCCCCAGCUGGGGGCUCCUUGCCACCAGUGCUGGGUCCUAAGAGCUGCCAUCCAGGCUGGCCGCCCGGAUGGCGACCCCAGCCUCGGCCCCAGACACACGGGCUCUAGUGGCAGAUUUUGUGGGCUAUAAGCUGAGGCAGAAGGGGUAUGUUUGUGGAGCUGGCCCCGGGGAGGGCCCAGCAGCUGACCCGCUACACCAAGCCAUGCGGGCAGCUGGAGAUGAGUUUGAGACCCGCUUCCGGCGCACCUUCUCCGAUCUGGCAGCUCAGCUGCAUGUGACCCCGGGUUCGGCCCAGCAGCGCUUCACCCAGGUCUCUGAUGAACUCUUCCAAGGGGGCCCCAACUGGGGUCGCCUUGUGGCCUUCUUUGUCUUUGGAGCCGCAUUGUGUGCUGAGAGUGUCAACAAGGAGAUGGAGCCACUUGUGGGACAAGUGCAGGAGUGGAUGGUGGCCUACCUGGAGACGCGGCUGGCUGACUGGAUCCACAGCAGUGGGGGCUGGGCGGAGUUCACAGCUCUAUACGGGGACGGGGCCCUGGAGGAGGCGCGGCGUCUGCGGGAGGGGAACUGGGCCUCAGUGAGGACAGUGCUGACGGGGGCCGUGGCACUGGGGGCCCUGGAGCUGGAAGCGAUCAAAGCUCGAGUUAGGGAGAUGGAGGAAGAAGCUGAGAAGCUAAAGGAGCUACAGAACGAGGUAGAGAAGCAGAUGAAUAUGAGUCCACCUCCGGGCAAUGCUGGCCCAGUGAUCAUGUCCAUUGAGGAGAAGAUGGAGGCUGAUGCCCGUUCCAUCUAUGUUGGCAAUGUGGACUAUGGUGCAACAGCAGAAGAGCUAGAAGCACACUUCCACGGCUGUGGUUCAGUCAACCGCGUUACUAUACUCUGUGACAAAUUUAGUGGCCAUCCCAAAGGGUUUGCGUAUAUAGAGUUCUCAGACAAAGAGUCAGUGAGGACUUCUCUGGCCUUAGAUGAAUCCUUAUUUAGAGGAAGACAGAUCAAGGUGAUCCCUAAACGAACCAACAGACCAGGCAUCAGCACAACAGACCGAGGUUUCCCACGAGCCCGAUACCGUGCCCGAACCACCAACUACAACAGUUCCCGCUCUCGAUUCUACAGUGGUUUUAACAGCAGGCCCCGGGGUCGCGUCUACAGGGGCCGGGCUAGAGCGACAUCAUGGUAUUCCCCUUACUAAAAAAAAGUGUGUAUUAGGAGGAGAGAGAGGAAAAAAAGAGGAAAGAAGGAAAAAAAAAAAAGAAUUAAAAAAAAAAAAAAAAGAAAAACAGAAGAUGACCUUGAUGGAAAAAAAAAAUAUUUUUUAAAAAAAGAUAUACUGUGGAAGGGGGGAGAAUCCCAUAACUAACUGCUGAGGAGGGACCUGCUUUGGGGAGUAGGGGAAGGCCCAGGGAGUGGGGCAGGGGGCUGCUCAUUCACUUUGGGGAUUCGCCAUGGACACGUCUCAAUCGCGCAAGCUGCUCCCCCUGUUUCCCUGUUCCCCUUUGCCCCCUUGGGGGCUGCUCAAGGGUAGGUGGGCAUGGGUGGUAGGAGGGGUUUUUUUACCCAGGGCUCUGGAAGGACACCAAACUGUUCUGCUUGUUACCUUCCCUCCAUCUUCCUAACUUUCACAGUCCCCUCCUGCCUGCUCCUGUCCUGCCAGGUCUGCCACCCACCCUGCCCCUCUUUUCUGGCUCCCUGCCCCUCCAGAUUGCCUGGUGAUCUAUUUUGUUUCCUUUUGUGUUUCUUUUUCUGUUUUGAGUGUCUUUCUUUGCAGGUUUCUGUAGCCGGAAGAUCUCCGUUCCGCUCCCAGCGGCUCCAGUGUAAAUUCCCCUUUCCCCUGGGGAAUGCACUACCUUGUUUUGGGGGGUUUUGGGGUGUUUUUUGUUUUUCAGUUUUUUUUGUUUUGUUUUUCUUUGCCUUUUUUUUUCCCUUUUAUUUGGAGGGAAUGGGAGGAAGUGGGAACAGGGAGGUGGGAGGUGGAUUUUGUUUAUUUUUUUAGCUCAUUUCCAGGGGGUGGGAGUUUUUUUUUUUAAUAUGUGUCAUGAAUAAAGUUGUUUUUGAAAAUAAAAAAUGUUUGGCCUUUUGGGUG